AAUAUACUAUACCUUCUAUAACUAUAACUAUGAUUAUUUCUUAUCUAGACUUUAGACCUGGGAUCAGAAAUGCUUAUGAACUGUUUUUUUUUUAUUUAGGAAUAGGCAGAGCAUCCUCUUUUUGUCUGGCUCCAUGUCUCUGAUUACGAUGGACGGCAUUGAUCACGUGACUCUGUUGAGAAGACCUGAACCUCGACAGUUUCUGAAGCAGUGUUGAUUGUUUUGACACAUGUGCCGGAGCUUUGCCGUCAUUAUCCCGAGCAAACUGCCCCUGCCUUUUUCUCUUUCUCUCUCACAAACACACGGAGGUGCCACAGUGCAGCCGUGCACGUUCCUCAUUGGUCCAAGGAAGCGAAAAACAGGUGACGCAACACGGAAGUAUCGGCAGCAGAGUCUUCGGGUGUGUUUAUCGAGGCGGUGUGUGUGAAGGCUCUUGGAGAAACAACGACGCGACAUGAAGGUGUUUUUUUCCGGUGUACUGCUGCUCCUGUGUGCGCGGCACACCGACAGCUGGGAUGACGGCAGUGUACUGCUGCGGGACAUCCAGGCACUGACUCUGUACAGGAACCGGUACACCACAGCCAGGCGCUCUAGCCCGAUCCCUCAGCUCAAGUGUGUUGGAGGGUCAGCGGGCUGCCACGCCUUCGUCCCAGAGGUGGUCCAGUGUGUGAAUAAAGGCUGGAAUGGAGUCGAUGUGCAGUGGGAGUGUAGGACUGACAUGGACAACACACAUCGAUUUGGUCACAUUGAGGUGAGCUGUGAGGGCUACAGUCACCCUGCUGAUGCCUACAUACUGAAAGGGUCUUGUGGGCUGGAGUACACACUGGAACUGACUGAAGAGGGCCAGAGGAGGUCUCACAGUAGUAGGGGUUCCCGCGGUGGGUUUAAAGAUCUCUGGGGAUUUGCCUCCAGUUUCUUUACUGGUUCAUCAGAAUAUGGGCAGCAGCAUGACCGUCAGAGCUCUUACACUGCAGGCACUCAGGACUCAGGAGGACUGCUGGUUGUUGCUGUGCUUCUGCUCUUAGCCUAUGGCAUCCAUAAACUGUUCCUAAGUGGGAACACCACUGGGGGGCAAGAUGGUGGACCAGCUACACAUUCUGGACACAAUUACCAUGGCUCCAUGGGUGGACCACCCCCACCAGGAUUCAAACCAGACUACACAGACUGCCCUGGAGCCAACCCCAGUUAUGGUUUCCACAGUGAUUACACUCACAGACACCAGUACCCAGGAGGCCAGGCAGCUCCCGGCACAGGAGGUGGUUUCUGGACUGGAAUGGGAACAGGCGGGUUGCUUGGAUAUCUUUUUGGUGGUCGGAGGAGCCAGCCCUACAAUUCUAACUACUCCACUCACACUAACAGACCUGCCAGAGAACCUCCCUCUUCCGGGACACGCAUUACUUCAGGUUUUGGAGGAACCAAAAGAAGAUAGAAGGCCC